AAAAAAAAGAUUUAGUUUAACUAUUUUUUUGACAGCUUUUGUCCGCAGCCUUUUUUUAAUGCAGCUGCGAAGGAAAUUUUUGUUUCACGUUUUAUUGCUUUGUCUAUCAGUUCAUUCAAUUUUUUGUUUUCUUUUUCCUUUUGAUUUUUGCUCCCAUUUCUUUACUGCUGUUGACUACUAUGGAAGUGAAGCAAGUAUCACAACCUUCCACAUCUUCUUUAGGACGAAGGGCCGCUGCAGAGCAGGCGCCCACGAUUGCCCAAGUUCAGAAACUGGCACCCAGCUUUGAUCUACCUGGCGUCGUAGAUGGAGAAAUCGUCGAAAGCAUCAAACUUUCAGAUUAUAAAGGGAAAUACGUCGUUCUAUUAUGGUACCCUAUGGAUUUCACUUUUGUCUGUCCUACUGAAAUCAUUGCCUUCAAUGAUGCAUUGGAUGAAUUUCGAGCUUUAGAGUGUGAGGUGAUUGCUGCUUCAUGUGAUUCAGAAUACGUUCAUCACGCUUGGAUAGACCGUGCACGGCAACAAGGCGGAUUAGGCAAAGAAACGCGGCUACCUAUCAUGGCUGAUAAACCAAGACAAGUGGCAAAAGAGUACGGUGUGUAUCUCGAUCGGGCAGGAAUUGCGCUACGUGGCUUGUUUAUUAUUGAUCGUAGAGGUAUUUUGCGUCAAAUAACGAUUAACGAUUUACCAGUGGGUCGAAGUGUGCAAGAAACACUGAGACUAGUCGAGGCGUUUCAGUUUACUGAUCAACAUGGAGAAGUGUGUCCAGCUAAUUGGAUUCGAGGAGAGAAAACCAUCAUACCAGAUGUAGAAAAAGCCAAGGCUUAUUUUGCUCAAGAUGAUGAUUAAUUAUGUAAAACAAACAAGCAAACAAUAAAAAAGCACGCAACGUCUCGUAUUUUUUUUGUCAGAAAAAAAAAAACGGCGAAAGUAUUGGCGGUAACAGGGACUUGCUAUCCCUCGCGGUGACAUGCAUCAUGAAUAAAAAGCCUGCAUAACACCUAAGAACUGCUAUCUAUCCCAAAAGGGAUCGCUUAGAUGAUGGAAGAUGAGCCUCGCCGGGAAUGAUACAGGUAGCUGGUCUAUCUCUCAAUGAUCCACUUGUUUCUUUCUCGUAUUUGUAGCAGAUGCCAUGGUGAUGGAUGCUUG